CCGCCGCUGCCUGCUCCGAUCCAUGGCGCUCUCGCAUCGCCCCUCUAGUCUAGAUCAGAGGCCCAAGAUGCGCAUACAAAUGUGUUUCUGCAAAAAAAGACCGGCCACGGUCCACGGACCCACCUGUCAGCCUACACCCCCGAAGGCUUCGCCUCUCCGGUCUCCGCCUCCGCUGCGGCAAAAUAUCAAACGGCUUGCGCGCGCGACCCACCAGUCCAGUGAGAGUGACCCACAGCAACCGCCGCCCGAUGUCCGUCGCCCUCGCCGUGGCCGACGACGUGUGGGCGCAGAUCAAGGCCGCGGGGCACGCCACCGACGAGCACCUGUCCAUCCUCGACCACCUGUUCGACAAGAACAUGCUGCGCGCCUGCAAGAUCCUCGACGAGGGCGGCGUCCGCCGCGUCACCGGCGCGCCCAGCGGCCGCUCGCUCUUCCUGGUGAUGGGGGAGUCCAAGAGGAAGGAGGAGUACAUCUGCUUCCCGGAGCACCUCUGCACCUGCUACUCCUUCUUCUAUGACAUCGUCGGCCGCGGCGACCAGCUCUGCUGUAAGCACCAGUUGGCAGCGCGGCUUGCAGAAGCUGUCGGCAAACAGCAGGAGAUGGAGGUGACUGAUGAGGAGCUCGCUCACAUGCUUGCUAAGCUCUGACUGCUUGAAUAUUUCAGUAAUGCACAAUACAUUUAUGAAUGACUGUCUUGUUGGGGGUUGCCUCGCCUGUGCCGUUCUAAAAGACUGAAUUUAGCUCAAUGAUCAUCUUGGUAAGGUCUUCCUGAGUGCUAUAAAGGCUUGGGAAUCCUUUGGCUGCAAUGUUAUGCCACAUGGAUUGUGUGUAUAGAGAUAGGAAAAGGGUGUCAAAGAAGCUGUGGUAAAAUCUGCACCGUUAAAUUUUUAUCACCUUGUCUCUCUUUUCAAGAAACCAGCAUCACCUUCUUUUUCAUUGCAUUAGAUUAUAAGAAUGAGGAGACAUGUAUGAGACCGUGAAAUUAUUUAGUUAUGUGAACUGAUCAAUGAAUUGAGAUGAAUAGUUUUUCUUUCA